CCCAAGACUUUCCCACUUUUUCUUUUGGCCCGGCGCCUGCAUCCGGCGGCGGCGCCCAUGCUUUUUGCGGCCAUUGCUUCUUGGCGGCCCCCACCUCACCUGCAGUCUCAUGUGGGUGGGACCCGGUCGCACGCAGCUGCUAGCAGCAUGGCGCAGUGCCCAGUCAACACGCCCCAUCCGUAGUCUCCCGCCAAACAAAAGUGGUCAUGGAGGAAGGCCUGCUCUACAAUCAGCCGAUUGUCAUCGACAACGGCUCGGGCAACAUCAAGUCGGGGUUUGCGGGCGAAGAAAAGCCCCGCAGCUUCGCGCCGUCUUUCGUAGGCCGCCCCAAGUACCAGAAAAUCAUGCCUGGCUCGCUGUUGUCUGCGAUUGAGGAGAACGCCCUCAAAUACAACAACACCCACACAUACAUAGGCGACGUUGCGCAGCAGCACCGCGGCUUGCUCCGUCUCUCGUACCCGUUGGAGCACGGCGUGGUGACCAACUGGGACGACAUGGAGCGCGUCUGGCACUACACGUACUCCAGGCACUUGAAAGCUGCCCCGGAAGACCACCCGUUGCUCAUAACCGAGGCGCCGUUGAACCCGCGUGCCAACAGAGACCAGAUGUGUCAGGUGCUAUUCGAGACCUUCAACGUGCCCUGUGUGUAUGUCUCGCUCCAGGCCGUGCUUUCACUCUACGCCUCUGGUCGCACAACGGGCGUGGUCGUGGAUAGCGGCGACGGCGUGACCCACAUCGUUCCUGUCUACGACGGCUUCUCCUUGCCGUCCUCGAUCAAAAGAAUGGACGUCGCAGGCCGCGACAUCACAGAAAAUCUAGCCUUCAACAUCAGACGAAUGUCUGGCGUCUCGCUCCAAUCGAGCUCCGAAUUGGACAUAGCGCGGAUCAUCAAGGAAAAAUGUUGCUAUGUGUCAAAGGACCCGCAGCGCGAUGAGAAGAUGUACCACGGCGUCCCCUACUCGCAUUACUUGUCGCCGGGAGUGGCGGGUGGAAUCAGCCACGAGGGCUCCGAUCUCUUCACUUCCUACAAGCUCCCCGAUGGGCAUUCCUUGAACUUGGGCGUCGAACAGUUCCGCGCCCCCGAGAUCCUUUUCAACCCGCAACUCAUUGGAAGCGAAUCCCCGGGCAUACAUGAGCUUACGGCCCUCGCCAUAUCAAAAACAGAUCUUGAUUUGCGACCCGAGCUCUAUCAGAAUAUAAUCUUGUCCGGGGGUACCACGCUUCUCAAAAACCUCGGUGAUCGCUUGAUUUCGGAGCUCAAGAAUCAACAAAGCAUACUGACGAACACCAUAUGGGGCUCCCGAGUGGGCACUGCCAAGGACUCGCGCAUGAAAAUCAAGAUCUACGCUCCGCCAGAGAGAAAGUAUAGCACAUGGAUUGGUGGAUCCAUCUUGGCGGGCCUCUCGACUUUCAGAAAGAUGUGGGUCACGGCAAAACAAUACGAGGAGGACCCCGAUGUUGUUCAUCGUAAAUGCAUGUAACUUUCCAUUAAUCUAAUGUGGGA